AUGUUUGUUUCCCACCAAUCCUGUGACCUGUUGGAACACGUUUUGGAAGCCGCCUUUCUCCAGGUCGAGCUGUGCGGCUCGCGCGGAGCUGCGUACGAUCGCUACCCGCCCAGCUGGCAGAACGGCAAGGCGCCACCGAACCUGGAGACCUUCGCGCAGGAGUUGUUGGCAAAGCCCAUGGGUGAUGUACUCGUGCUGGGAUCGAGGGGAGGUCAAGUGGUGCUGCCACGGUUUUGGCAGAGGUUGGGGAACCAAGUGCCUCCUGCGGUGGUGAUCAACGGAGGCUGUGCGAUGAACCUGCCCGGCGUAAAGAUACCAUGGCCCCCACAAGCGGUGACCAUUAUGCUCAUGGGCGCGCAGGACUUCUUCAAAGGCCAGAAGUCCUCGGCCGAGUACCUCACAGCCUCAAAGGGCCAUGUUCCGGCCAACUCCCGGACAGCCAUUCUUUAUGUUCGACAGAUGCAGCACAUGCCCUCGAAGGCACUCCUCCAGAUGGUCCUGGGUCCACUGGUGAUGGCGGCGGCAAUGUGGAAAUACUCCAAGAACUGCCCGGAGGAGUCCGCAGAGAAGACCUUCGGCAGCUCAGAGGAGUCGCCGCGGAAGAAAAAGAGCAUCAAAGGCGAGAAGGAGGUUGGGGACCCAAGGAGUGCAGAGCUGCGUGCAUUGCUGAAGGCAGCGGUGAAGGACGUGACCCCGUCGGGCGGCAGCGGCUUCCUGCGAGCGCGGACCACCAGCCAGGAAGAGCGCUUGGAUUGGCUCUUGCGCGCUGCUGCUGAUUCAUUCUCUUGGAAGACAGAGCCUUGGCAUGCAGUGGGAUAUUGGAUGUCAUUUUCAGUAUAUCCGGAGGAAGAGCUCUCAGUGCCACCAACACACCCAGCGGCCAAAGAACUGCGGAAGUCGGCGAACCGGCAGGCGAAAAAAGCCUUGGAACUGGAGUCGCAGAUCAUUGAGAAAGAGAAGGACCAAGAGACCAGAAGCGAGCUGCACGACUUGCGGCAGCAGCUGUCCAAGGUCAGAGCAGAUCGGUGA